GUUUGGUAACUUGGAUUAUGGUACACUACACUGGUACCACAGCCACCUCUAAUACAUAAUACAUUAGAGUUUCUUUCUGCUAUAAUUGCACUAAUCAAAUGUCAUCCUGGAUCCUGAGUCUGUACUCCGUAGAAGAACUUGUUUGAAUUUGUGGAAUAAUGUUAAGUUAAGCUAAAGUUAUCCUCGAUCCUGAAGGUAAUAUUGACUCCAGAGCCCAAAGAUGAUUGGUGGGCUUUUUGUUUACAACCACAAAGGGGAAGUUCUCAUUUCCCGAGUAUAUAGAGAUGACAUCGGCCGUAAUGCUGUGGACGCAUUUAGAGUCAACGUCAUUCAUGCGCGACAACAAGUUCGUUCUCCAGUCACAAAUAUAGCACGCACAUCCUUUUUUCAUAUCAAGAGGGCCAACAUCUGGCUGGCCGCAGUGACCAAGCAGAAUGUUAAUGCUGCCAUGGUGUUCGAGUUUCUGCUCAGAGUCAUCGAUGUCAUGCAAUCAUACUUUGGAAAAAUAUCAGAAGAAAAUAUCAAGAACAACUUUGUCUUGAUCUACGAGCUGCUUGACGAAAUCCUGGACUUUGGCUACCCUCAGAACUCAGACACGGGUGUUCUGAAAACCUUCAUCACGCAGCAGGGAGUUAAGUCUCAGAGCAAGGAGGAGCAGGCUCAGAUUACGUCACAAGUCACAGGACAGAUUGGCUGGCGCAGGGAGGGCAUCAAAUAUCGCCGCAAUGAACUGUUCCUCGACGUUCUCGAAUAUGUAAACCUACUCAUGUCUCCUCAAGGACAAGUACUAUCCGCUCAUGUGGCUGGGAAAGUAGUGAUGAAAUCUUAUCUCUCAGGGAUGCCAGAAUGCAAGUUCGGUAUCAAUGACAAGAUCGUAAUGGAAGCCAAGGGGAAGGGUGGUGGAGGAGGACUAAGUGUGGCUGGUGGAGGAGAAGAUCCAGCUCGAUCUGGCAAGCCUGUCGUAGUAAUCGACGACUGCCAGUUCCAUCAGUGUGUCAAACUGUCCAAGUUUGAAACUGAACAUUCCAUCAGCUUCAUUCCUCCUGAUGGUGAAUUUGAACUCAUGAGAUACCGCACAACCAAGGACAUCUCUUUGCCAUUCCGAGUUAUUCCAUUGGUGCGAGAAGUUGGACGCACUAGAAUGGAAGUCAAGGUGGUACUAAAGAGCAAUUUCAAGCCGUCGCUACUGGGCCAGAAGAUGGAGGUAAAGAUCCCCACACCACUCAACACUUCUGGAGUACAACUCAUCUGUCUGAAAGGCAAAGCAAAGUACAAAGCAUCUGAGAACGCCAUUGUGUGGAAGAUCAAGAGAAUGGCUGGGAUGAAAGAGACUCAAUUGAGCGCUGAAAUAGAACUGCUUGAAACUGACACUAAGAAAAAGUGGACGCGACCACCAAUUUCCAUGAACUUUGAGGUUCCAUUUGCUCCCUCUGGAUUUAAAGUCCGCUACUUGAAGGUGUUUGAGCCCAAGCUGAACUACUCUGACCAUGAUGUCAUCAAAUGGGUUCGUUACAUCGGUCGCAGCGGACUCUAUGAAACCCGGUGUUAAUCAGCUGUUCUAUGCAACUAAUUGUGUUAAUAUUGAUUUUUAGAAAUACCAUUUCCAUUCCAAAAUCAGUUAGAAUGAUCAUUAAACAAAGUAUAGGUUUUUCCCUAGAAAAUAUUAUUCCAAAGAUAAGUUAUACUGUAUGUAAUAAAACCCCCAUACCUUCCUUGAAUGUGUAUGUGGAUUCUGACUCUAAUAUUUGAUUUUAUAAUUUUUCAAAAUAUUGUGUAGAUGAUUUAAAAAAUGAAAUAUUGGUAGAGAGGAAUUGAAUGAGUCAAGUUAUCUUUCCUCUUGUUGAAUGAACUGGAUCUAAAAACAAAAUAUUAAUUUUUUUAACUCUUCAUCAUUAGGAGCUUUACUGAUAUGUACGCUUUAUCUCUGUAUUGUAAUCACAAGUAUAUGAAAUAUAUCUUAUAUCUAUGCAUAGCAUAUGUUAUUAAGUUAUUAUGUAGUUUAGACAUUGUUUUUAUUAUAAGUUGCCAAUGUCUAAGGCUAAACACAAUAAAGAUCUUAAACUAAUGUAAUGAGUGUGAAAUGUAUGACAAUUUAUCAUUUUCUGUUUGGUCAUUAUGUAAUGUUAUGUAUUCAAGAUUUAUUUUUUGAAGAGAAUAAGCGUAAUGUAAUCUUUUUACGUUAAUUAUUAAGUACUACAGUGAUAUAUUAUGGUUUGCAAUAAUUUGUUAUAUAUGAAUUUAUUGAUUUUGUAGAAUUAUAUGUAAUAUAUGAUUAUGA